GUAGAAGAGGGUUGUUCAGAAAUGUAAGAGAAAGAUAGAGACAGAAAGGUAGCGUCACGCCCGAGGGUUAAACGUGUGCAUACACCAGUCUCGAAGCGUCCAGCUGAUCGCGGUGACUUCGUCAACGUGAUAACAAAGUGACGAACAUGUUACUUGCAUUUAUAAUCAUUCGCGAGUGAAGAAAACUAAAUAAAAUAAAAGAAAUAUUAAAUUAAUAAUAACAAAGCUAUAUAUAUAUAUAUUAUAUAAAUAAAAAUAAUAAAAGAAAAGAAAUAUCAAUUAAACAAUUUUAUCAUCAAAUGAGACAAUAUCAAAAUGACACGAACAUCAUUACCAGUUCCUGGCCACUCAGAGGUAAAUCUUUGCUCAGUGUUGUCACUGGGCAAGGACCUUAGUAAAAUCACAAUGCCGGUUAUAUUCAACGAGCCACUUUCCUUCCUUCAACGAGUAGCAGAAUACAUGGAAUAUGCUAAAUUGUUGAAACUGGCAUCCGCUGAACAGACACCUGUAGGCAGAUUACAAUACGUAGCUGCUUUUGCUGUAAGCGCAUUGGCUUCUAAUUGGGAACGUCUUGGAAAACCAUUUAAUCCGUUGCUUGGCGAAACUUACGAAUUAACUCGUGAAGAUUUUAGAAUAGUAUGUGAACAAGUUUCUCAUCAUCCGCCAGUAUCGGCGUUUCAUGCUGACAGCGAAGAUUUCGUUUUUCACGGUAGCAUACACCCUAAAUUAAAAUUCUGGGGUAAAUCGAUAGAAGUACAUCCAAAGGGUAUCGUCACAGUAGAAUUACCCAAAUGGAAGGAAGCAUAUACUUGGCAGAAUGUUAAUUGUAUACUCCACAAUGUAUUGGUUGGCCAACUUUGGAUGGAACAAUUGGGUGCACUUGAGAUUAAACAAUGUGGAGGAUCAAACUUAAAAGCUUUGUUAACUUUCAAAAGUGGAAGUUGGAAUGGCAAGGAUCUUCAUCGUGUUGAAGGAUUCAUAACGAAUCAAGAUAAAAGAAAAUUGGUAUAUUUGUAUGGGAAAUGGACGGAAAAAUUGUAUGCCUGUGAUCCGUCUUUGUACGAGGAUGCACUUGAAAAAUUAAAAAGGGAUGCUAAAAGUCCUCAAGGUAGUCCAGGUCACAAAAAAGUUCUAGCUAAACUUCACAGCCUUAAAGUUGGAGCUUUCAAACCAUCUCAUCAGGAUGCAAUCGAAGAAUCAUCUACAAGUAUAGAUGGUGAAGAUACACCAAUGAUCGAUGAAAUACCAAAUUCUACGACACUUUGGGAAGUUUCACCGAGACCUCCGAAUAGUUCUAACUACUUUCAAUUUACUACAUUUGCGAUGUCCCUGAACGAGAUAGAAGCAGACAUGAAAAAGGAUUUAUGUCCAACCGAUUCGAGAUUAAGACCGGAUAUUAGAAAAUUAGAAAAUGGUGAUCAAGAUGGUGCAGAUUCUGAGAAGGCAAGACUUGAAGAAAAGCAACGUGAUGCUAGGAAAAUGAGGAAACAAAAGAAAGGACAAGAAUGGACACCAAAAUGGUUUAGAUGGACGGUUAAUCCUUACACAGGACAAGACGAUUGGUUGUAUAAAGGCGGUUAUUGGGAACGUAAUUACACCGACAUCGAAGAUAUAUUUUAAUGAAUAUUACAAAAAUGAUAUCGACAAAGAAAACUAGGCCAUGUAUCGAAAGCCAAAACGUGUUGCAUUGAUGCGUUAGUUGUUGAGGAAAAUUUUGUUGUUGUUUCUUUCCUCAGAAAAAAACAAAAAAAAAAAAAACCAAAAUGAUCGAUCUUGAUAUUAUCUGAGUGAAAAGAUUCGUUGAAAAUCAUCAGCCAGAUUUAAAAAAAAAAAAAAAA